AUGUCAACAAAUGAGUCCGAACGAAAUAUUAUUCCGGACGUGAUUCUUAAAUUUGAUAAAGAUAAAAAUAGAGAACCUAUUAAAGGAGAGAGAAAUGUUUUGGUCACUAGUGCAUUACCUUACGUUAAUAAUAUUCCUCAUUUAGGAAAUAUUAUUGGUAGUGUGUUGAGCGCGGACGUGUUCGCCAGAUAUUCUCGUGCACGAAGAUAUAAUACACUUUUUAUAUGUGGUACAGAUGAAUAUGGUACAGCAACCGAAACAAAAGCUCUUGAAGAAGGAAUUACUUGUCAAGAACUUUGCGAUAAAUACCAUGCCAUCCAUAGUCAAGUUUAUAAGUGGUUUGAAAUUGGAUUUGAUUAUUUUGGUAGAACCGUUACUCAACAACAAACUGAGAUUGCUCAGGACAUAUUUUUGAAACUUUAUAAAAAUGGAUACCUUUCUGAAGAAACAAUGGUACAAUUAUUUUGCGAAAAGUGUCAGAGAUUCCUUGCUGAUCGUUUCGUUGAGGGAAUUUGUCCAAAAUGUUCUUAUAUUGAUGCUCGAGGUGAUCAAUGUGAUUCGUGUGGACAACUUUUGAAUGCGGAUGAAUUAAUUAAUCCACGUUGUAAAAUAGAUGGAAAUCAACCAAUUAAGAAAGAGUCAAAUCAUAUGUUUUUAGAUUUAACAAAUUUACAAAAACGUCUUGAAGGUUGGGUAGAAAAAACUAGUGUAGAGGGAAAAUGGUCAACUAAUAGUAAGACAAUUACACAAUCUUGGAUUCGGGAAGGGUUAAAACCUCGUUGUAUUACUAGAGAUCUUAGGUGGGGAACUCCUGUUCCACUCGAGGAAAUGAAAGAUAAAGUAUUUUAUGUUUGGUUUGAUGCUCCGAUUGGUUAUUUAUCAAUUACUGCAAAUUACACUCCACAUUGGAAAAAAUGGUGGAAGAACCCUGAAGAUGUUAAAUUAUAUCAAUUUAUGGGAAAAGAUAAUGUCGCAUUUCAUACCGUUAUAUUUCCAUGUUCUUUAUUGGGUACAAAUGAAGAAUGGACAUACUUACAUCAUAUAAGUACAACAGAAUAUCUAAACUAUGAAAAUACAAAAUUUUCUAAAUCACGCAAUGUCGGAGUUUUUGGUACAGAUGCUGAAGAUACUGGUAUCCCCGUUUCAGUAUGGAGAUAUUAUUUGAUCUCAAGUCGACCUGAAACAAGCGACUCAAUAUUUACAUGGAAAGAAUUCAUUACAAAAAAUAAUAAUGAAUUACUCGCAAAUUUAGGAAAUUUUGUCAAUAGAGUAAUCAAAUUUGCUGCAUCAAAAUUUAAGAGUGUUGUUCCAGAAUUUUCUUACGACAAAAAAGAAGAAAAUGAUUUUAUAGAAAAUACAAAUGUUUUAUUGACAAAUUAUAUUGAAUCAUUAGAAAAUUCUAAAUUGCGUGCAGGAUUAGAAGUUGCUAUGGAAAUUUCAAGAUUAGGAAAUGGUUAUUUGCAAGAAUCAAAAUUAGAUAAUUCAUUAUUUCAAAAUAAUAAUGAAAAAUGUUCUACUGUUAUUGGUGUUGCUAUUAAUUUAAUUUAUCUUUUAUCUGCAUUAUUUUUUCCUUAUAUGCCUUCUACUACCCAAUCUAUUUGUAGACAAUUAAAUGUACCACUUAGAAAUAUACCUGAUACUUGGACUAUUGAUAUUUUACCUGGACAUAAACUUGGUAAAGCUGAAUAUCUUUUUAAAAGAAUCGAUGAUAAGAAAGAAGAGGAAUAUCUUUUAAAAUAUGGUGGAGGAUCUAAGGUAGAGAAAACAAAGAAGGUUAAAAAGGCUGAGAAGUCUGCAAAGAAUUAA